CGGGAUCAUUGGCUGCCACCGUGCUCCACCUCACAGAGAUAACAUUUGCCGAUAACAGCUGGAAUGUUGUCCAACUUCACCAGGCUUCAAACAGCUCCGGAAAUGGACUCAGAGAAACAGCAGCUGAUCGAAGCACGGAUCUUGUACCCUGCAGAGGACCACGCUUCAGACUGUGAAUGCAGUGAUGGUCUCACAGCUGUGGAUGGUCUGUGGCCUCCUGACAGCCUCUGUCAGGUGGAGGAUGUGACCCCAGAGGACGAGGAGAAGAGCUCAGCCAGACAGAAACUCUACAUGGCUUUUGUUGUCAGCAUGGUCUUCAUGAUCGGAGAGGUGAUCGGAGGAUACUUGGCGCACAGUCUUGCCAUCAUGACCGACGCAGCCCACCUUCUGACGGACCUGGGCAGCAUCGUCAUCAGCAUCUUCUCCCUCUGGAUGUCUUCAAGGCCUCACACAGAGAUCAUGACCUUCGGCUGGCACCGAGCGGAGAUCCUGGGCAUGAUGCUGUCGGUCAUGUCCAUCUGGGCUGUGACGGCCGUGUUGGUCGUGUCUGCGGCUCAAAGGAUCUCUGAUGGCAACUAUGACAUCGAUAGUGACAUCAUGCUGCUGACCUCUGGCUGCGCUGUGGCUGUCAACGUCCUGAUGGUUCUGAUUCUGCACCAAUCUGGGGACGCGCACGGCCACAGCCACGGACUCUCCAGCCUGACGAGAGGGAAGCGUCUCCAUGACCACGGCAGUCAUGGCAACGCCAGUGUCAAGGCCGCCUUCAUCCACGUGGUGGGAGACCUGGUGCAGAGCGUGGGGGUGCUGCUGGCAGCCAUCAUCAUCCACUUCUGGCCAGAGUACAAAGUUGCUGAUCCAAUCUGCACGUUUCUCUUCUCCGUUCUCGUGCUGGGAACCACGUACUCCAUCACUAAGGACGUUUGCAGAAUACUCAUGAAUGGUUCACCGGAGCGCGUGGCCUUCAGGGCAGUGAAGAAGCUGCUGCUGACGGUGAAUGGAGUCAGCGGGGUUCACAGCCUGCACGUGUGGAGCCUAAACAUGACUCACUCAGUGCUCUCAGUGCACGUGGUCGCAGAGAAGACCACGGACCACCAGCUGCUCCUUCAGGCAGCCACCACACGCCUGCGGUCAGAGUUUGGUUUCAGAAGCAUUACCAUCCAGGUGGAGAGCAACGUGUCCCCCGAUAAAGAUUUGAGUGUUUGAGAACUGGCCCCAAACGUUGCUACACCGACUCCCGCCAGCAGAUGUCACUGUUCCCCUUAAGAGCGUCUAAAAUGCGUUGUGUUUCAGAGAACGUCUUUAAAAAAUGAUUGUUUAAUUUAAUCCAAUAUGUGUUUUCGCAAUAAAAAGAGUCAAAGCAAAUGUUAGGUUUGUCUGUCAUAGCACCUGAUAGAUUAUGAAAAUGUAACAAACAGAAAAAGAUGAUCAAACUUUCGGUCAGCAACACGUCACAUUAUUAUACAAUUCUCCAUUCAAAUAUGCUCCAAUAAACUAGCACUAAUCUCUAGCUGAAUUGGAAUGACAAAACUGUGACACACACACUCAAACCUGUGCCAAGCAAUUUCUUGUUGUUUCAUCCAAAACAAUGACACAUAUUGGACCACAGGGAUCCAGGCUUUGGCUAUCCCUGUCAAAGUGUGGCACUAACUCAAAAAAAGUCAGGAUAAAACCGGUGGACACCUGUAGAACUCCACUGAGCACCUGUUUCUGUUGAAUCCACCUUUUCCUCUGCUGUCUUUACCUCAGCUCUGAAACGAUUUCUGUCAUCGUUGUCAGUCAGAGCAGGGAGCCACUGAACUGGUCGUGUUUGUUGAAGUUUCCUUGCACAAAGACAACACUAUGUUGUUGAUGGGUUCGCUCACAAAGUAUCACAGACGUAGCAGGAGCACAUUUCAGUCAUUACAGUAGUUCAUGCUGUUGUGUAUUGCCUAUUAAUAAGUAUGCAUUGCCUCCACCUUAAGAUAAUCUUCACUGGUCUCAACUGCCUGGAGUUGGCACUUAACUGUGGAACCCCACACAAGGGAACCUUACUUUGAGUCUCUGUCUCAGCAUUAGCUUCGUGGCCUGGUACACCUGCCUCUUUUUAUCCCACACUUUUAUUGUCACGCUUUUUCUCCUGGUACUUUCCUGAAUCUCAUCACUCCAGACCUCCUUGGCCUCCUUUCUUUGUACCUCAUGAAACACAGCGUCCUUCCCUGCUCCUCUGCUCCUCCUUCUUACACAAUAUAUUAUGAUAAUGUAUAUGUAUAGCUAAAGAGAGGCUAUGACAUAGAUUAUUAUUAAUAGUAAUAAUAAUAAUAACAAUAAUAAUAGUGGCACUUUCCUGUACUUGUGUCCAUCAUGAGGUCAGAGAUAUAUAUAGAUAGUACUAUUUUUUUCACUCAUUAAUUAAACAAGAAAUGUAUUUGCUUUUGUUUUCGUAUUGUCUGUUUUUAGUCUC